AUGGAUGUAGCCGCGACUUCUGCCAAUGACAAUGCAAUCAACCCCUUCGCUAAAGACGAGAAAAAUGAAGACCCAAAGCAGAUUGUCCCUGACAUCGAACAACUCGCGAUUGAUCCUCACCCCAUUCCUACACCAAUUCUCAACAAUGACGAGCAUAAGAGCGAGGAAGAUGUCGACGCCUCCGACGACGAAGACGGCCCGACUCUGACGCUGCCCCUAGAGGAAGACGUUCUCCGCAAAGAUCACCUGUUCGCCUUUCGCAACAAAACCUCCGAGCCGGUGCCAACCAAGACCUACCGCCCAUCAGAGCAGCAGCUGCUGCAGGAGGGUAAGCUCGGCGACUCACAUUUCUCUGCGCGACUGAAGAAGGUAAAGUUUGGGCGCUAUGCAACCGAGACAGGAGAACGCGUGCCAGCGUGUCUGAUCCUGGUCCGGGUAGACUUCAUACCUAAAAGUCGCGGAUGGUUUCGCUUUCGGGAUGCUAAUGUCGAGGUCGCCUUUACGGAUGGGCCAGGCGCUGUGAGCAACAGAACCUCUGCCGACGAUGAGGACGUUGACGACGACGACGAUGGUGACGACAGAGUUUACACUGGUCCGCUAGUCCUCAAAUUCUACCCCGACCUGAUCCGAGGGCACACGCAAUCCGCCUCGGAGCAGUUCAAUCUCUCGUUCAACGUGCCCCUCGCACCCCUCCCUGCAGGCUCUCCCUUCAUUGCACGGGCGGCUCAUGGGCGAGCCGGAGACGCGCGUCAAGUGGAAGAUGCAUGA